CCCACUUCACUUCUCUCAGGUUAAAAUGGUGCACCGCCAUGAAAGCUCCGACGAAGCCAAAAACGACCCGCAAGAGCCAGCGAAACGACCCAAGUUUUCCAUAAACGACGACGUUGACAUUCUCCGGGAAAUCCUUAAACGACUCGAUGGUCCUUCUCUGGGUGUGGCUGCCUGUGUCUGCCGUCUCUGGUGCAGCCUCACUCGAAACGACGACUCCCUCUGGGAGCACCUCUGCUUCCGCCACGUGUCCUCUCCUCCUCCUUCAUCAGUCCGCCCCGUCGUCGUCGCUCUCGGGGGCUACAAGCGCCUCUACAUGGUGUGCGUGCGACCCGUUCUGAGUCGACUCGGAAACUCGGACCGGGUCAGGAGGCGAAUCUGGACUCGUCACGCGGUUCAACUCUCGCUCUCCUUGUUUUGCAUCGACAGCUACGAGAGAAGACUCAGUGGUGACGCGUCCGCAUCGUCGCUCAUGUUCCUCUGCAACCCCAUCAACGUUUGAUUUAUUGAGUUUUUUUAAUUUUUUUAUGAAAAAAAAAAUUUGCGAUUCGUUUAUUAAUAUUACUAUCAUCAUGCCUUUCGCAAGCUGUAGCAAAAUAAUGAUUAAACACUGUUUGGUAUUGAACAAUAUAGGCAAACAUUUACUAAAACAAUAUUAGGAAAUAGGAAAUAUCUUUUUGUUUAUUUAGAUCUCUUUUUUUAAAUUUUUAAUAUUGUUGGCAUGAUUAAUUAUAUGUGUUAACAGAGUCAAAAGAAUCCUUGGUUGCUUUCUUUUGUUUUUUAUUUUAAAUAAAUUUUUGCUCGCUUUGUUGAUUUGGUAUGUGUUCAUGGGAUAUGGACUUUUCUUUUCAGGAAAGCAAGUUGUUGUAAUUAAUGAAAUUAUUUGCAUUUAUGUUAUACGAUUAUG